CACCGGCUUCGACGCCGCUGUCCAUAAGACGUGUUCACAACGAAGGAGGUUAGUUUGUGUGCCAAAUGAAGCCGUCCCUUAGCAAAGAAGGUGAAGUGAGCGAAGCGGCUGAAGAAGACUUUACCUUCUAAUAAAUGUUACCGUAAGGCGUAGCAACGUUUGGUAUACUUUCACUAGGAUAAAUAGCAAAUGUAAAAUGGGGGAAAGACAAGAGUCGGGCCCUUUAACCAACCGUAAGAGGAGAUCUACAGUUUCAGGAGGGAGAGUAAGUUUAAAAGGGAACAGUAAAUCGGGCGGAAACGGCACCAGCGAAAAUGGUCAUAGCCACGGCGGCAGCAAGAAGGCAAAUGACGAAAAGACAACACACAGCACCACCAGGAGUGGGAAAGAAAAGGGCAGAAGCGACGAGGGCUACGAACGGCUUGGCUGUCAUAAACUGCAAGAAUCCCUGCUUAGCUCAGCGAGUGGAUACAGUAAUUACAGAGGAAUCCUUAACUGGUGUGUUGUCAUGCUGGUACUGAGUAAUGCUCGACUUUUCCUGGAAAAUCUCAUAAAAUAUGGCAUAUUAGUGGAUCCAAUUCAAAUAGUGUCUCUUUUUUUAAAAGACCCUUAUAGCUGGCCUGCACCAUGUCUUGUAAUCGCGUCAAACAUAUUUUCAUUGUCUGCUUUGUAUAUAGAAAAGAGGCUUGCAGUGGGGUCUUUUUCAGAAAAAGUUGGAUUAAUGCUUCACACCAUGAAUCUCACUAUAAUCCUUUGUUUUCCUGUAGCUGUUGUGUGGUUUGUUUCAUCAAUGACUCCAGUUGGUGGUGUUUUUGCAUUAUCAAUCUACACAGUCCUUUUUCUCAAGCUGUACUCCUACAAAGAUGUGAAUAAAUGGUGCAGAGAAAUAAGACAAGCUAAAGCUCGUACAUUGUCUCGGUCACUGUCUUACCCAGUUGUUGAUAAGGCUAAUGGAGAGGUCCUUCAAACCCAAGUGACCUAUCCUGGAAACCUCACACUCAGAGAUUUAUAUUAUUUCAUUUUUGCUCCAACUCUUUGCUAUGAGUUGAACUUUCCAAGAUCUCCACGCAUACGAAAGCGCUUUUUACUUCGACGACUUUUCGAAAUGCUUUUCUUCAUGCAGUUAUUGAUUGGCUUAAUACAACAGUGGAUGGUUCCCACAAUUCAGAAUUCAAUGAAACCGUUUAAGGACAUGGAUUUCUCAAGAAUAAUUGAGCGUCUUCUGAAACUUGCAGUUCCUAAUCAUUUAAUCUGGCUGAUAUUUUUCUAUUGGUUUUUUCACUCCACUAUGAAUUUCGUAGCUGAACUCAUGCAGUUUGGAGAUCGUGAAUUCUACAGAGACUGGUGGAACUCUGAAACUGUAACCUAUUUCUGGCAGAAUUGGAAUAUUCCUGUCCACAAGUGGUGCAUUAGACAUUUUUACAAACCAAUCCUGAAGAAAGGAGUUAAUAAAUGGACGGCUCAGACGGCAGUCUUCUUUGCUUCAGCAUUUUUUCAUGAGUAUUUGGUCAGUAUCCCAUUGAAGAUGUUCCGACUAUGGGCAUUUAUGGGAAUGAUGGCUCAGAUUCCUCUUGCCUGGUUGGUGGGCAGAUUUCUAACGGGCAACUAUGGCAAUGCUGCAGUGUGGAUAUCCCUCAUCAUUGGUCAGCCCAUUGCAAUUCUAAUGUACUUUCAUGACUAUUAUGUUCUCAACUAUGAAGAAUCACAAGUUGCUGAGGUGGCUUAAGAUUGAAGUGGAUAACAGAAUGGAGAAUUCAUGAUCCUGGAGUCUGGAAUACAGCAUAUUAAAAGGGAAAAAAUAUACCUUGUGAACACUGAUACAAUAAUAUAAUGCUGUGUUGUUUUUUUUUUCUUCACAGGAAAAUAAGGGAAAGUUAUUUUUAGAAAAUUUAGAUAAAGGGUACGUUCUGAAGGGAACGAUCUAUCAAAUACUGAAUCCUGGGAAUGUGAUUUUUUGUUUAACUUUAAAAAUGUACUGACUUCUAAGUAGACAACAAUAUGAAUAAUAGGCUGCAUGAGUACACAGGAAAGUGUGCUAUAAUUGUACAUUUUCCAGUCAAAGUGGUUCAUGGAUCUCGAUUGAAGCUUUCCAACCAAAGCAAAACAUCCUCUUUCGCUGGUAAUCAAGUAUUUUUAGAUUCUGAUCAUUUAGCUUCAGUAUAGCAUGCAUCUUCUUGACUCCUGUAAAUUACCUCAUCUUCUUGAAUUAUAUAUAUAUAUAUAUAUAUAUAUAUAUAUAUAUAAUAUAAAAACAAAUAAACUGUAUAGGCAUUAAUAUCAAAAUGGUUAUAAAGAAAUUUGGACACAAUGAAUGUGAUAUAUUAGGAGAUUGUGACAUCCAAUGUUAAGGAACAUGGAAGGCACAGAUAUCCUUUGACCUGUUAAAUGAGAAUACAGAAGGUAGAAAAUGGUGUUUUAUACACUAAGUUAUUUGUGAUGGAAGACUGGAACGUAGUGAAUGCAAGAAAGUCAAUGCUGUUGUCGCUGGUGAACCAACCUGGCAUCGCAUAGCUGGGAAAUGUCGAAACCUGGAAGUAAAGGAUGUGUUCGGUGGUAAUCUGGAAAGUGCAAUUGCAAUAAGGAACAAAAUGAGAACUUGCUCUCUUUGCUUAUGUGUAGUAUUUGAUCUGUAAUAAAUUACAUUUUCUAAAAUGUAACGAGAAUAAAUAGAAAAAUUUAUAUACUGUAUUACUAAACAUCACAUCUGCCCAUGCAAGGUUUCAAAGCAACAAUUACUGUAUUUUGAGUUUCUCCACAUAUUAGUUAUUUGUGAAGCAUACUGCUUUGGUUGUUUAAUAUCCUAGUUGUUAAAUUUUUACUAUUUUGUGUAAAUUUUAAUGCCACUGUCUAUUUGUUUUUUAUUAGUGAUUAUUUUGUACAUUUUUGAUACUUGCACUUUUUCAGAAUUUCAGGUUUUUUUUUUUUAUUAUUUUGUGUGUCCUUCCAUGUACAGUACAGUAUGUGAGGAUGUGCGACACAUUUUGUCGUGUGAAUGCUCUGUUUGAGAAUUCUUUGUAUUGUAUAAACAAUUCAUUUGUGGAUGCAUCUUUGGAAACCUUUCUCUGCUUUUCUGUGUAUAGUAAAUGCAAAGGAUGGUUGAAUAAUUAGAAACAACGAUUUCACGCAUUUUGGAUGGUAAAGAGUGUAGAGUAUUACUCCCAGUGUUCGUUUCUUUUAGACAUUUGUUGUUUUCCUGUUCAGCGUAUCCGGGUUGCAUAUGUACAGUACUGUGUUACAGCCAGUGCUUAAAAAAAUGCCUACUAUACAUACAGUAUUUUGUGGUAUUUUUAUUAAAAACAUUUUACAUUGCAAUGUUUGAAUGGAAAGUUACCCUUAGGUGGUGCAGAAAAUUGUGAAAAUUAUAUUUGAUUCUAAAAAUCAUAAAA